CACUCCGAUCGAGCGCCCACCAACCGUCUCAGGCCGCUCCUGUACCACCCACCCCCCGAUCUAGAUCGAUCGAGAUCCCCCUUCCACCUCCUCUCCUCUGCCGUCCACCCCCUGGUUUGUCGGUGCACCGAUGGGCGACCUGCUCAGUUCCCUCUCCUCCCUCAUCAACAUCAAGCUCGACUCCGUCGCUCUAGUUCGCCUGCCAAACUGGGCCCUGAUCCGCGUGGAGGGGGGAAGAAAUGGUGGUGGUCCUUGCGUGGCUCAAUGCCAAGGUCGUCGAUCCCCUGCUGCAGGCGAUACAAGGACAGGGGGGCCGACGGUUGGUUGCACGUGAUGGGAGAAGAGGAUAGGAGGGGGCGGAGCCGUUGGUUGCGCUCGACCCCGCGGCAUGCGGACCCUUUACAUCGUCAUCGUCAUGGCCGGGAGCCAAGCCCAGAAAACAAACACCGCCAUCACCGACGCCACCACGGCCACCUGCUCGACGGAUUGCAGAGGAGGAUGAUGACACCCAUGGCCGCCUCGCUCGACCCCUCACUCACCAUCGCCGCCGCCAGGCCGCGCCUCGCCGCUCCCCCGCCGUCCUCUGCCGUGGCCGCGGGCGGGCUGUGCCGUGGCACCGUCCUCCAGCGGGGACGGCAGCGGCACAGCAGGUUCUCGUGCCGCGCGGGAUCCGCCGCCUCGGAGAUAUGAGAAUGGGAUGGGGGGGGGGCAGAAUCCUCCUCUUCUUCUUAUGGAAGUCCCUUGUAGUAGCUGUAUAAUGACGAUUGCACUAGAUUGGUCGAUCACGCCUCAUGAUUAGGAGGCCCAUCACCAUCACCAUCUCUUUCCUAGAUGAACAAUGAUGGCUGCGCUCUGCAGCCGUAGGCCGGGAACCGGCAUCAGUAUUGAACAAACAUGUGCCACUGCCAAUGGCGCCGAAAGCGCAUAGAGGUAUACCGCAGCUAAUGGUAGCCCAGGUGAGAGGCCUACUGAUUUCUAUGUCCCCAGCUUCCUACUGGUCAAUGCAUCUUUGGUUUUGUUUUAAUGGAGUUCUAUUCAGCUUGUGUAAUCAAACUGUUAGUCCCAAAAACAGUUUACUGAAGCUGCUACCACUUUGGUUCAGUUAAGACUUGGGAGUCUGAACUGUUGUGUUAGAUAUAAGUAGAAGUACACCUGCGAAAAAAAGAUAUAAGUAGAAGUAGUUGAAUGCUAGCAAGUGGUCUGAAGCUAAUUAGUUAUUAGGAGAAAAACAUUUUAUAAACAUGUAUUCACACUCAACCUUGAUUAGGAAAUUAUUGGUUUUGAACUGUCCAUGAUUUAGAUGAAUCCAGGUCUUCAACUAAUCUAUAGGCCGCUAGUAGGAAACUUUGGAACUUGAAAACCCAAAUCUGUUUCAGUCCUCCUAAUUUAGCUUUAUAGAGAAAACACUGAUUUCUAAUUGAUUUAGCCUAUUCUAAUAGUUUUGAGUAAGUUCUUGGGGAUGAGUCUAUAAGUCUAUUCAGUGUUAAGCUCUACUUGAUUGUAAUUCAUUUGCUCUAGCUUUCACAAAAAACUAAUUAUCUGGUACACUUUAGAACUAUCCUGUGAACAUUGAUUGGCUGCAGAUGAGCCAUGUAUCUCAGAAGUCUGAAGGAUUGUUCAUCAUAGAAAUGUUCAGUUGAUAGAUUUAUGAGUUGUCCUGAAUUCGGCGUCCAUGACCAAACCUAGGUACCUACAAACUCCCCUCUGUUCUGUUUUAGACCAACUAUGUUUUUCUGCUAGUCAAAUAGACCGUAAUACUUGUACCAUUGUGUAGCUAGAUAGGUCAUUGUUGGUUCUGAUGCUUAUUGAUUGACACACCAAGUGUUGUUACUGCUGAUGAUUACUAGUCCUACAAUAAUAAUACAUCUGCAACAAAUAGUUAAAUGGAAAUGAAAUGACAGUAAUGGGAAUAAUGUUGGUAAUACAUCUGUUGUUGUUGAUGCCUUCUUGCUUGCUUGAGAAUGACCUGGGAAUUACUUCUACUUGGCGCACAACCUUUGCUUGUUGCAAUUUGCCUCAAAAGCUUGGAUUAAGAAUCUAUAAUAAGACUUGGUACUGCCUUCAAAUUCCUUAUCUCCUUUCACUUGUGGUCAUGCCUAGCACUGUAUCCUUCUUAAGUUGGGUUUUCCCAAAUUUCUAGGAUUGGUCUGCUUGGUACUGCUUAUAAUUCAUAUAUACUAUGCUGCUGCUAUAUGCUUUUGUUUCUGCUAUUGUUACUUACUGCUUUAUAGGUUACUGUUAUACUGUACUAACGCUCCAGGUUCUUUGUGAGUUCCUAGUAGCUGUCUUGGUUCAUUGUUUAAU